GUGAAAACAUUUUAAUAGUAGAUAAAUAUUGUUUAUGUGAGGAAAAAAGCUCCAAUAGACUGUUAAAAAGUUUUAAAAUGUAGUUAGUACAGUGUUAAAAGUGUGUGAGAGAGUUAUGAACUCUAAAUUACUUUUGUAUAGUGUUAGUGAAAUAAGAUUGGAUCUAUUAACAAUUAAGAUGACUAAAUACCGAAACUCUUUGAAGAUUUAGCAGGGAUGGCGGACACGCAGAGCCACGAGCCGGGCGUGAUCCGCAGCACUCGCGAUUACCUCCUGAACCCCUCACCAGCAUCAGAGUCUCCAGAUACCUCCGAGGAAGCCCGUAUUGCCCCUAAAGAUCGCAAUGACAACGAGGACGUUAGCAACGACUCUGACGACGGUCGCAAUGACUCUGACGACGCUCGCAAUGACUCUGACGCUCGUAAUGAUUCAGAAGAUGGUCGCAAUGAUUCAGAAGCUCACAAUGAUGUUGAAGAUCGCAAUGGCUCUGAAAAUCGAAAUGAUUCCGACGUUAACAACGACUCGGAAGACAGUCGUAAUGACUCGGAAACUCGCAACGACUCUAGGGAUCGCAAUGAUUCUAACGACGCCCACCACGAUUCUGAAGACCACCAGUCACCUGUCUCCACUGUCUAUGGGGACGAUGACUCUUCUACUGUAUCCACGACCAGAGAGAAUCCGAGGGAGGUCCGCAACCGUGCGGAGAAAAUGAGACGGGAUAGACUGAACCAGUCUGUUGCCGAUCUCGCGUCUAUGGUGCCACCAGUAGUGGCAGCUAGGCGUAAAUUGGACAAGACGACUGUAUUGCGUCUUACAGCACAUUAUCUGCGAGCUCAUCAAUACGUAUUUGGUGACUCGAUUGGUAAAACCCCGCGAGACUUCAGCGCGGCUUCAAUUCAAAAAGUUUUGAGCAUGUUUAAUGGCUUCCUGAUCACUACAACGUAUAGGGGAAUCAUUGUUGUCGUCUCACAAAAUGUCAACCAAUAUCUCGGAUAUAAUGAGAUCGACCUUCUGGGUCAAAAUCUCCAUACAAUAACCCACGAAGCAGACCGGGCCUUGCUUCGCGACCAGCUGAUGCCAAGGUCCCAAAAACUGGGUCCAAAUGGAGAACUUUUGAUACCAGACGAACCUGAUGCCAUAAAAAAAGUCAAAAGGGCUUUAGCAAAUGAGAAACGGGCAUUCACAAUUAGGCUUAAGAAAUUGGGCCAGCGCUCUGAGCCCAGCCAGUACAUAACAUGCCACGUCGAGGGGUCCCUGAGGAAGUCCGACCGCGCCUGCCGCACCUACAACCGUUGUUGUCAGGUGGUGCGGCGCGCUAGGGCCAGGUCUGACAACCCCUGCUCCAGUGGCAAUGAUAUCGUGUUCAUAGGUAUUGUGCGACCUACGAGCGAAACGUUCAUCAACGAGAGUGCUCUCGAAUCGUACAGAAUGGAGUACCGCACCAGGCACUCGAUCGACGGCGAGAUUAUACAGUGCGACUCCCGCAUUGCUCUCGUCACCGGCUACAUGACGCACGAAGUCAGCGGCGUGAACGCAAUGAACUUCAUGCACCGCGACGAUGUGCGCUGGGUCAUCAUCGCCCUUCGAGAGAUGUAUGACCAGCACAGGCUAUUUGGCGAAUCAUGCUACCGACUUAUUACCAAGAAUGGUCAGUCCAUCUACAUGAGGACGCGCGGCUGUCUCGACGUCGACCGGGACUCGCGCGCCGUCACGAGUUUCGUGUGUACCAACACUGUCGUCGACGAGGAAGAAGGAAAACAGUUAAUAAAACUAAUGAAAAGGAAAUUCAGGCUUUUGGUAAAUAACAAUGAAUCCCCUAGAGUGGAUGAAAUCGAAGAUGCUCAUGAGGAAAAUGAGCAGAAUGACGACGAGGCGGUUCCAGUGGAAGACCCGCGGCGUCUCGAGCAAGUCAUUUUACAUUUGGUAACCAAUUUACCAUCGCCUGCGCCAUCAGAAUCUACUCAAGAACCAAAUUCUUCACCGCAGAAGAAUAAAUCGCCACAUCAUCUUACAAUAAUUCCUCCAAAUAAGGAACGAAUAGUUAGCGCGAUUGAAAAAAUCUAUAACGUUAUAAAGGCGGUUCCGAGAGAUUCUAGCCAUGAAGAGGGAAGUAGCUACGCUGGAUCAAGUCAUAGCACUCCCAAGUAUAACAAUACGCACCAAAUAGAACCGAACAUGGCGCCACCGCAGCGAGCACCGGUGGCCCCAUUCCAAAGCUGUCACGUGUCAAACUACGUGCACGUUCCCGAGAACAGCUUCAGAUACCCUCCCCCAACCCCCAACAUACCACAGCAAGAAUUCAAUCCACCAUCGAUUCUGAACACGGUGGCGUCUCCUGACUUGGGCUAUUUUGACUCUUCACCGAGUCCGUUUUCUGACUUUACACCAUUUUUCGGUAAUUUUGAUCAGAAUGAAAAUGCUGAUGACAUUUUCUACGAGCAGCCCCUUGCUGCUACCGUGGAGGAAAUCCCGUAUGAGACACCGGAACCGGCGCACUACAUGCCGUCCCAAUAUUCAGGGCCAACAGAUUUUUUCACACCAAAUCUGUACCCACAACCGAGCACUAGUACUUACACCUGCGGAACUAAACGACCUAAUGAGUUUGACGAUUUUGAGGUUGCUUACAAAAAGAAGGUGACAGAAACCGAAGUAUUCCGAACGAAUGAACAAAGUUCAGACUCAGGAUCACCAUUGGAAGCGUUAUUUAACGAGUCAUUUUUGGACAGUGAUCAAAUAGAAUCGGCAUUAAAUUCAUUGGACGAUUUCGAUCCAUCAUUUCUAGAUUUAUUGAAUUCAACGGACGUCCAAGACGUUUUGGGACAGAUUGAGAAAGAAGCAGAAGAAGAGGGGCAGAAGCUACCAGUUUUUGAUUUAUCAGAUUAUGAAUAAGUUUUUAAAAACAAAACUUUCUGGUAACGUUUUGUAAUUAAUCUACUCAAGUGGUAGAUGAAUCAAAAUUGAUAUUUUGUUCAAUGUUCAGUUGAUUCUGUUGAAAGCAGUUGUAUGUGGCGCUCUGUGGUGAAGAAAGAGCCACCCAAAGAACCCUACACCAACCGCUUCAAUCGUCACCAUUUUGUCUCGGACAUAUUUCGAUACGAUUUUCUGAGACCUAAGUACUUCUUGUAGGUACCUUAAUUUCAAAGUUAAAUUGCAAAGAUCUCGGAAAAUAUAUUAUGUCGUUUUAAUUUAUAUUAUUAAUGGUAGAUGUUAAGAAAUAUCUGUAGCUAGUUGUAGGGCUGUAGUUGUUAGAGAAAUGGAUUUAGUGUCAUUCACAUUUAAUAUCAAGAUGUCAAAAUUACGGGUCCUCAUAGUCACUUUUAAGAGUAAUAAGUGUCUAAAUGGUAAGCAAAUUAAAAUAUAGCAUUGGCAUUUAGUUUGUGAAUAAAGCGUUGUUUUCAUUAUCAGCUCAGCGGUUUCACUAAAUGCAGGGUUAUUGAAUUUUAAACAGUGAAUCAACUAUAAGACGGCGUAGAGUUACUGGGUCUCAACAACAUGUUUAAAGAAGUAUAACGUAAUGAAUAACCCUGCGUCCAUCAAUAUUCAUUAGCCCAGGGAGUAACUGGUUUGUUUUAAACAUUUUAAACAAGUGAUCCGAAAUGGACACUUUAAUAUACUUAAGUUUAUUGUUCUUAUAUUAUAUCCAUGUUAUGAGUAGUGGUAGCUAUAUCGUUAGUGUACACGUAGCUAUGUCGAACAGUUUCGACAAAAUUACUUGUUUAAGAUUAUUCUAAGCUAUGUAAGUGUAAACGCAGAAUUUGAUUUGAUUAGCCGCUUGCGCUUUGCCAGAGCACGCGUACAGAACUAUAGCAGGCAAAAUGUUUCGUUAAGAAACCUUAAUUAUAUCUAUAUUGCCAAAGUUAAACAAAAAAAAAAUAAACUUAAAAAAACUAGUCACGUCAACCAGUUUGUCACGACAACUUCGUUAAAUAUAGACAAAGUUCGAAAGUGAAACAAAACUUGACAUAGUCCAUGUUUUUCGUGUAACACAUAACUUAGAAAUAUCUUAUUUUGACGUAUCGCAAGACUGAAUAAUUUUAAUUGUUGGCUUCAAAACAUUAUGUUAAAGUUUAAGUGAUUUGUUUAGAUUUAUAUUUCAGCAUUUUGUAGUUGUUUUUUUGAUUUUUAUUACCUUUUUAUAAAACCCUGAGGGGAUCAUGAUUUUCUAUUGUUAUUUGUCUAUUUGAGCAUCAUUGAAUCUUUUGAUGGAAAGAAAGAUAAUAUCUUUGUGCAGAUAGAAAGUUUAACACUAAUCAAUGAUUUCAAAUCUGUAGAAUGUUCAAGAGAGGUCUAAUUCUAAUGAUGCCCAAAUAGACACAGAAACCUUUUGUAAACGUUGCCAUGUAUCUGCCUGUCACAAUACAUAGGAAGGAGCUACUGCUUUAUAUGUACCUAUAUCAAAGCUUCGUUUCUUCGCAUAAUUUCGAUUAUAUUCAUAAAAUUAAUACUCUAGCUAGACUAGUGGGUAGAGCCAGUCAGUACCGAAAAUUGACUUUAAAAUUGCAUUUGACACUAGGUAGUGACUUUGAACUUAUCAUUGUAGGUACCUACGUAAUUUUAUUCUUCUUGUGUGCACACCAAUAUAUAAAGUUUUGGUCAUAGAAGUGCAUAAGAUCUCAUCAAUCUACAUAAUAUAGUGCUUGUAUAUAAACGAGUUUGUUUGUUUGUCGUGCGGUAAUGCAACUACAGGUCGGAUGAUUAAAUGUUUUUGCAUUUGAUAGCCUAAUUAUAGAGGUCACGCUAUCAUCACGCUACGUCACAUGAACUUAGCGUAGACUUGAAAUCGCGAGGCAAAGCUAAGUUUCCAGUAGAUUCUUAGAUAUGGAAAACAAAAUGUAGUUUGAACUCUCAACGUUUUACAAAUAUUGUAUUGCGACAAGGCCUAUAGCCACGUGGCCAUAUAUUGUAAUCUCGUCAUUUAAAAGUAAAUAAUUCUUAUAGUGGAAUGUAAGUUUUCAAUAGAUAGUGCCAAUUACUGUUGUCUGUACCUGCUUUUAUUUGUCGAUCGAUUUAUUCAUUAAUUAGUUAAGUUCUUAAUAAUUAUAUUUUAUGUUAUCUUUUUGUUAUUCUGUAUAACUUAUGGUUUUCUCUUAAAAGUGGUCGUUUGCAACUUGAUUUAUUAUAAAUGGUACCGAAUGUCUAAACUGUUUUUGGCACUAAACCACAAGACGAAAAUUGUUCGUCUGUUAUUAUAUCUUAGUGUAUUUCACUAUUUUUUAAAUGUUUAUCUAGUAGAAACACUUUUAAUAUAGAGUGAUUAGAACAACUCUCUCAAUCUAAGUGGAUAUUAAAUACUUUUUAAAUAUUAACUAUGAAAUUAAAUGUGCAUAGGUAAUGCCCAUUUGGCAUAAACAUUAAAAUUUUAUUCUCAAUUAGUACCUAAAAGUCAUUUUUAACUCACAGAUUUCAAUCAAAUGUAUCAAUUUUGAAACUAGAUGUUUGUGAUUGUUCUUUUUUUCUAAUUAAAAUGCUAAGAUGGAAGUCGAUUUAAGUUUAGGGCUAUGGGUGAGCCCAAAUUUUAUGAUAUUUACGUAGAAAUGUACCCAUAUUCACCACAGGUAACGAAGGGGAUGCACUUUUCCAAUCACUUGUUUUACGAAUCAACAAAUAAAGUUAUCUUUGAUAUGCAGACAAUAAACGAAAUUCUCUUACUCAUGUUGACAUGUUAUCUUUAACACCUGACAAAGAUUUCAUUUAGAAAUCUUUUUUUUUUGACGGGGUAAUAUCAUCCUAGAGGAAGUAUCAAACUCUUACUGAGUGGACUAAAAUCUACCCCGUUCCUUCUCCUGCUUUGAGCCGGAGCCCCAGUAUCAUGUUACGUUGUCCGCAGCUCAGGUCAUUUGGAAAUCUUGUGAUUGGAUAAGAGAUCCUCUGGAUAUCCUCCCGUAUAGUAACUUCAUACUGUAAUAAACCAUCGCUGAUAUUAUUGGAAUCAUACUUUUCGAACAAUGUAGUAAUAGUUAUCAUUAAGAAGUUUUCAAAAAUAUAUAUUAUGUAUAAAUAUUAAUAGUUUUGGACAUUUGGGCAAACAUAACAUCUUUGUUGAUUGACCAUUCAAUUGUUUCCUCACAGCAGGAAACCAGGGAAAGAGAAAGCUUUAAAAGAGGAUUUGGACUGUCGAAAUUAUUCGAAAAUAUAAGACAAGUAGGUAUUUGGGAAAUUAUACAACCUUUUGAUAACAUUUGGAAGUGAUUUUUACGAAAAUGUUACACAGAUAGCGAAGAUUUCGAUCGAAUUCGACGAAUCAAAAUAUUUUCGUAAGUAAAUUGGAAAACGAGUUAAAUAAAUUAGUCGAACUGUGGAAAUAUGGAAGUCUGAAUUGAAAGUGACAUGUUAUUUGAAUGAUUAUCUUAAUCCACAUAAUAUACUACCUGCAUACCAUUCACUUGUAGCUACGUAUCCGCAAUAGUUUGUCAGAGUUCAUCAGGCACUUUAUUAGAUGAUUGUUAAUGUCAAAGCAACAUUGUAAUUUGUAACCUUUCAGUCAAUACAGUAAUUUGUGGGUAGUUAAUAAAUAAUAGAAAACAA